CUCAAGGAAGAAGGUGAAGCAUAUGGGGCGCCGGCCGAAAUACCAAAUACUAGUACUAAAAACAUUCCGGCGAAGGGGUGGCGCCGGCACCGGCUCUCCCCCCGGUUCCGCCCCUGCAUGCUGUCUCAGCUCUGUUUCUCUGGACCAGAAGAAAGGAGGUCUGGGGAGAAAUAGGCACACUCCGGUCCGAAGACGCAAGUCGAUGGGGCGUCGGGGUCGGUUGGGAGAAGUCAGUCAGUCGACAAAUAUGAAUCCUGAUGGUUGCAGCGGAGCGUGUUGAUGGACUUUGGAGCCUUCCUUCCUUUCUGGUCUGAAGAUCAGAGGAGGAAGGAAUCUUAUACUAAAAGCACUAGGCAGAAAAUUCUCCGGCCGCUCAGUGCUUAGGGCUAAAAUGUAAUUUCCGCUGCAUUUCUCCGCUUCAGCUUAGCUCUUCGACUACACCUUCUCCUUCUCUUCUUCGCCAGAAAUAUCUCAUGCUAUCUCCUUCUCACGGAUUUGGUGUAUCAAUCUCUUCUAUUCGCCAGAAAUCUCUCCUCCCAUUUGCAGGUAUUUCUUCUCACCGUUCGAAUCCAUAGGUAUCACACUCUAGCUUUUCGAAUCGAUCAAGGUAUUUCGAUCAAGGUCCAUAUAGAACUUCUCAAAAAUAGAGUCAUAGAGCAUGGUUAGUUCCUCCGGCGGCGUGGCUACAUCGACCUUAAUUCCACAAGAUAUGGAGAAUUACAGAAACAUUUAUAUUUCUGUUCUUAUUUUGUCAACUGCUCCCACCAUUCUGAUUCAGUCCUCCGGUUUCAUCUCAAUGACUCAAUCCAAGUUUGUGUUAUAACAUGAUAAUGCAAAUGAAUGUACCUCAUUAUGUGCUCAAGCCUUAGUCACUCUCAACGAGUAUCACUCAACACUUAUUGAUGUUGAUAGGCUCAUUGAGUUGAAUCCAUCAUCAGAAGUAUUUCAAAACCUUCAUGCUCGCUUAAAGCACUACACUGGUGAAAGUCUCUUUUCUUCUGAUAAGUUUGGAUGGUGGGGUUCAACGAUAGUGUGGCUAAAUCUUUAAAGCAAGUUUAGUUUGGAAAUCUCUUUUCUCAUGACAAGUUUGGAUGGUGGGGUUCAAUGAUAAGGAAUCAAAUCCACCAAAUUGGUAAUCUUAGUUUCAGUUCAGAGAUGGAAACCAAAUAUUUCAAGAAUGGGUUCGCAUCAGGAAAUGGAUCUGACAUUUUAAAAUCCAAAAUAAAACCAAAUGAGAUGAAGAACCUGUUCAUCUUGGGAUCCUGUCAUGCAAGGAGAUAAUGCCAUUACACAUAAGGUUGAUGGACCUACUAUAAUUGGAAUGAAUAAAAGAUAGAUUGAUGAUACAUUUGGAGAUUAUACUGCAAUUCAAGGCUAAACAAGUUCCGAAUGGGGUUUGGUUUAACACUGGAAGGAGCUGCAGCCGGUAUAAAAAACAUCGAUGGUUGGAGCAAAAUCUAUACACUUAAGAUGGAGCAUGAGUUGGAAGUAGCACAACCAGUGAAGUUUGGUGUUUUGAGGGCCAUUAAUUUUGACAAGAAAUCAACCUCGGAUGCUGCAAGUGAAAACAUGGGCGAAGUUGUUGAAUGCAUUUUACACAAGCGUGAAGCUGGAGCUGGAACUGAUAUACAAAGUCCAAGCGCAGUGCUAUGAGGACGCUAAGCUGAUGAAAUUGUUCCCUGAAAACAUAAGGUUACUUUUUGACCAGGAUGUCCUUGCUGAAGACAGAAGACACCAUCCUUCCUUGGUUCUGCAUGCAAAGGAACAAAUCCCAAGACAAUCAUUUGUGAAAUCGCUGGAGCACUUCGUGAAGUGGCUAGAGGAGGCUAAGGAAGAGGAGUCAGUAACCACUCUGGCAUUGUAGACUGGCAGAUGACUGUGUCACACACUCACAACGUUUCAACUUAUGCACUGUUUAUUCUAGAUUUAUAGUUCUUUUAGUUUGUUUUUUUUCUUCGCAAUAUGCUAUGCUCAUCUCAGGUGAUAUUAUUAAGAUGGUUGUGGUAGUGUUACUUAUACAUUUUUUCUGUUCAGCUGUUGUGAAUUUGUUAUAAGACUGUGUUUGUAGUGGCACAUAAUAAUCCACAUAGGACGUUUCACCAAUUGGUAUUGGUCUUACUAAUUGGUGGGCAUAACUGACAGCAUAUGCAACAAGAUGCACUGUGUGAUGCUCACUUUAU